CGUUUCCCCACGAUGUCCGAGGGCUUCAAGAAGCACUUCAAUGCCAGCACCAUGAAUGGCCGUGCGAAUGUGGCCAAGGUCACGUAUGCGACCAUGGCCCUCCUGUAUAUCGUGUACCGAAUACGCCGGCGAUCGGGCAAGAAGUCUGGGGCUGGCGGCGGCAUGCUGGCCGAUGGCAGCUGCAGCUGUGACAAGGAGCGCGACCCGUCAGCGGGAGGGCACGACUCCGAUACGGGCUUCUACGAGAUCGAUCCCGAGUGCGGUUCGUGCCGCGAGCGAUCGGAGCGCGCCAUGUCCGAGUACGAUCGGGAGCAGCAGCGCCGCUCGGCGGCAAAGGCACGGCAGGACGAUCAAUGCAGAUCCGAGCCGCCACCCCCACCGCCGUCCUCGUCACCGCCGGCGUCUGGUGGGGCUGCGGCGCCGCGUCGCAAGUGCCCCUGCGAGAAUCCGCACCGAAAGGUCGAGGGUGCCCUGAAGAGCAGCAGCAACGACACCAGAGCCUUCAUGCAACGGCAACAACAGGAGCAGCAGCAGCAGAGGGCCUUCAAGUAUCAGUCCCCCCAGGAGGCAGAUGAAGUGCGUCCGGCUAGCGAGCUGGUGGGGCAGGUGCACGGUGCCGUCUACCGUGUGCUCAGCGGUGUCUUCAACGCCGUCAUGGGCGGAGGCUCCGCCGAAAGCAGCACCGCCACUGCCGCAUCCCAGACCGAAAAGGAGCGACAGGCAAGCGGCGGCGCCUGCAACUGCUUGGAUGCUGCAGCUGCCCCCCUGGCGGCCGACCAGGCAGAUGCGCAGGACGACGAGGAGGCGGUGAACGCGGCCCGAUACGAGGCCAUGGACUGUGAGUGCUGCUGUGAUUCUGCUCCGGUGGUGGACGAAGUGCAAGCUCAACCAGAGGAUGGUGCCAACUUUGGCUGCUACAACGAAGGCUACGCCUCGGGCAUGUUCUUCGGCCAGGAAGAUGACUGA